AUUUUUAGUGUUAAGGUAUACAAGUCUUGAUGAGGAAAUAUUAAUUUUGAUGUCUUUACUAUCAAAAGCCACUGUUCUAAAAACUAGUUUUGUAAUUGAAAAAACCAUAGAGCCUAUUUAUACUGGUGGGGGUUUUUCUUUGUCCAAUGAUGGAUAUACAUUUGCCAGUUCGUUAGGAGAAAAUGUUAAAAUAACUAAUAUUGAUACAAGAGAAAAGAUAUGUCUUAUAAAUGGAGAUUUAGAAAUAAUUACUUCUUUGGCAUUGGUAUUAGAUGGAACUAGAUUAAUAAUAGCUUCUAGAUCGUUGAUGCUUUAUCAUUAUCAGAUUCCAUCGGGAGAUCUUAUUUAUUCCUUAAAGGCUCAUGAUGCACCUAUUAUGGUUAUGGAAUCGGAUGUUACUUCAAGCUUAAUAGCUACAGGAGGUGCAGAGGGUUCUGUUAAAGUUUGGAAUAUAAAAGGAGGAUAUAAUACUCACAAUUUUAAAGGGCAUGGUGGUGUUAUUUGUGCUAUUAAAUUCUCUAAAGAGAUUAAGAGAAGGAAAGAUAGGUGGUUGUUAGCAUCUGCUGCUGAUGAUUAUAAAAUAAAGAUAUGGGAUUUAGUUAAAAAUUGCUGUCUUUCUACCCUCGAUGGCCAUUUAAGUCUUAUUCGUGGUUUAGACUUUUCAUAUGAUGAAAAAAUUCUUGUGAGUGGAUCAAGAGAUACGAUUUUAAAUUUUUGGGAUCUUAAUAUAUUUAAAUUAAAAAAAUCUGUGUGCUUGUAUGAGACAAUAGAAUCCGUUCAAUUUCUUCCAAAAGGUCUUUUAGUAGAUAACAGUCAAUUGAUAGUAACUGGAGGAAAUAAAAAUAUUAUCCGUUUUUGGGAUUAUGUUUCUGGAUUAGAAAUUAACCAAAUAUGUGUUUCUAAAUUGGAAGAUAUUACUAUUUGUGAAAUAGUAUAUAAUAGUGAAAGAAAUAUUUUGCUUUCCAUUCUAUCAGAUAAUUCUUUAAUAAUUUAUUCUCUCUCUUCCUUACAGUUUCCUAUACUUGGGAAAAUAGCAGGAUAUCACGGUGAGAUAAUUGAUUGUACAUAUAUAGGAAAUGAUAAUUCUCAUAUUGCUAUUGCUUCUAAUUCUCGGAUUAUUAGUAUAAUAAAUUGUUUUAAUUUAGACUUUAAUUUUUUAAAUGGACAUAAGGAUAUUGUCAUUUGUCUUGUUGCUAGCAAAAAUGGGCAAUGGCUUGCAUCAGGUUCAAAAGAUAAUGAAGCAAGGUUAUGGAAAUUUGAUACAGAAUCUAACAAUUUUGUAAAUGUUGCCAUAUUUACUGGGCAUACAGAUUCUAUUAGUUCAAUAGCUUUUUCAUCUAUAAAAAAGGGUACGAUGCCUGAUUUUUUAUUGACUGGAUCUCGAGAUCAAACUAUUAAAUUGUGGAAUAUAUUAAAUAUAAAAGAUUCUAUUAAAUCUGUGUAUACAAGAAAAGCUCAUGAGAAGGAUAUCAAUGCAUUAGAUAUAUCUUAUGAUAAUAAAAUAUUUGUUUCUGCAUCUCAAGAUAAAAUGUGUAAAGUCUGGGACCUUUAUAAUGGAGAAGUAUUGGGUGUUUUAAAAGGACAUAAAAGAGGUGUUUGGACAGUGAAAAUUUCUCAAUACGAAAAAACAGCAAUUACUGGAUCGGCAGAUAGAUCAAUAAAAUUAUGGAAUUUGUCUGAUUAUUCGUGUUUGAAGACUUUUGAAGGUCAUACGAAUUCUGUAUUAAAAGUUCUUUUUGUUUCUUAUGGGCAACAAAUAAUAAGUUCAGGAAGUGAUGGUCUGAUUAAAUUAUGGACCAUUAAAACUAGUGAAUGCGUAACUACUUUGGACAAUCAUACAGAUAGAGUUUGGUCAUUGUGUAUUUCUUCGUCAGAAGAUAUAAUAGUAUCUGUAGGUGCUGAUUCUGUUAUAAAUUUUUGGAAAGAUAUUACGGAGGAUGAAAAAAAGAGAAUUGAUAAUGAGAAAUCUUCUUUUAUAAAAAAUGAACAACAAUUAUUUAAUUAUAUUCAGCGUCAGGAUUGGAAAAACGCAAUUAUAUUAGCUUUGUCACUGAAUCAGCCGUAUAGACUUUUGAUGUUUUUUAAGGAAAUAUUAAAUAAAAAAACAUCUGGCUUUGACAAUUCAAUCGAAGGAGUUCAUAUUAUAGAUCAAAUUCUUGAAUCAUUAAGUUUAGAAGAAUUUUCUAAUAUUAUUUCCCGUUUAAAAGAUUGGAAUACGAAUUUUCGUACAUCUUAUAUAGCUCAGAGAAUAUUGUAUAUCCUUUUACGAGCAUAUGAUGUUUCUUAUUUUUUGAAAAUUUCUAAUAUUAAAAAAGAUUUAGACGUUAUCAUACCAUAUUCUGAACGUCAUUAUAAAAGAAUUUCUGGUUUGAUUGAGGCAUCAUUUUUAAUUGAUUAUACGUUAAAAGAAAUGGAUAAUUUCCCUGAUUUUUCUAAAUUAUAA